AUGCAGUGCCUCAAAAACGGGUUCGUGCAAUCGACCAGUGAUACACGUAUAACUGAAAAAAAUACCGUUGAAGCAAAGCAAUGGCUCGAUAAACAUUAUCCAGACUCUGCUCCAUCGGAAAGAACCAUCAAACGAUGGUAUACUGACUUUAAACGUGGCCGUACAGACACCGAUGAUGCUGAACGUCCUGGUCGUCCAAAUAAGGCAGUUACUCCAGAAAAUAUAGAAAAAACCUUCAAAAUCAUCAUGGGCAAUCGCAAAGUGAAGUUGCAAGAGAUACCUGACAUCCUGAAGCUAUCAAAAGACAGUGCGUUCACGGUUUUACACGAACAUUUGGCUAUGAAAAAGCUGUUGUCGAAAUGA